AUGAAGGGGUAUGCUCGAUUCUUGCGUCAGUGCGGAGCGUUCAUUCCGAUGCCACGAAAAUGGAUGGCGGUGUGCGGUGGCGCUGUUUUGCUGUUGUCUAUGGGUCAUGCCGCGGCGAAUCACAGGGACCAGGAUUUGCUGCGUCGGCCGUUGGCGGAACGAGACGCGACAGCUUCACUUGAUUCAGUCAUCACAUGUAAUGCGACAUCGCAGGAAGAGGAACCGGGGAAGCCGCUCGAAUUGACGCUGUCUGUUGACAGGGCCUCAGGCACUUUGCAGUGUACCGGCGAAGGCAACACAGUUGUACCUAGCGAUGGUGCACUUGUGUGUGAUUCAAAGGAUAGCAAAGCGACAGUAAAACUGUGCCAAGAGGAGAAGCCAGGAGGCGCAAAGGUUCCGCUGAAGCAGCUUCUCGAGAGCAGUGACGAGGUCACCGCCUCCAUCUCCUCUCUUACAAACGAGGAAAACAGUCCGGGGCAGCUUUGGAAGCUGGAGCUUAACGACUCGCAGUUUCCUCUGGUGGACAAGUCUUUCUUCGUUGGUUGCCAGACCAAGAACCCAUCAGACUCGAAAUGCAAGGUCACUCUCAACGUGGAGGCGAGACCUUCAUCCGUUCAAGACAGUACUGUCACGUGCGCCUACGGCAAGGAUAGCAAUCCAGCGCCUCUGGAGGUUGUUUUGACAGAACGUAAAAACACGAUGACCCUGAACUGCGGCAAAGACGGUUCAUUCCAGCCAACGAAUUACUCCACUAUAUACUGCGGCGGCGAGAGUCUACAGAAUUGCACGAAGAGUUUCACAGAGAUUCUUCCAAAUUUUCAAGAAACAUGGUGGACCAAGGCCGAACCUGGGACGAAGCCGGCUGUGCUGACGAUCCCGUCUGCCGAGUUUCCCAAUGAAAACAGAACCUUUUACAUUGGUUGUUCCCUCACGCAAAGCAACCAUGUUUCGCCCGAAGGACUUCCAAGUGCUCGUACAUCUUCAGAUCCUUCGCCGGGCGCUGCCGCAUCCUCGACGUGCAAAGUGAAGGUGACUGUGAACUCUGCGAGCUCAGGCUCUGGCGUGAGCGCUGCGGCUGGCUUUGGGUUUCCGAUCUUGGUCGCUGCCGGACUCACUGGCCUCGCGGCAGGCUUCACGUGCGCCUGA